AUGUCCCGCAAUCGUCCCCGGCCCCGCGACAAUGGGCUUGGUAACAACGAAGAGAUGGAGCUGUGGACCCGAAUAUGCCAGGACAUCCACAAAUCCAAGGAGAAGUUCGAUCAACAGGCCUCCCUUUCCGUUCAGAUCAAGGCGUUGAACGACAAGAUAACACGAGAUGGAAACAAACCCACCAUGUCCGAACAUGACCAACUAGAUACAUGGUUGCGCCAGAGUCAGAAACUUAGCGAGGACGAACGAUCGAUCAUGCAGGACGAGCCAUGCGACGUGAUCAAGAACUUGGAACUACUCACAGCACUUCGCAAAGCCUCCGAGGCAGAAGCCCCUCCCAACCGAUCCAAUGCCCUUUCGAAAUCGCGUAAAAAAAGACAAGAUAUGGAGAGCUCGACUGAUUCCCCAAGUGCCUCCGGUGCGGACAAGUCUAGUCGUUCCAAGGGCGGUGUCCCGCGCAGCGCCAGCGUCUCAAGCACUCAGGCGCGCGAGGGUCGCGGCGAUGCAGUCACCGUUGCCGUCAAGGUUGAGGAAGGUUCGGAAGGUACCAAGGGCGCUGUCGCGGAGCGUAGUGGGCUUCUCGUCGUCGGAGCGCAGGUUGUCUUUAAGCACAACAAGAACAAGCAGGGAGUGGAAGGCGAGGGCAUACAAUGCAUAAUCAAGAACAUAUCUGGCGACGGUCACAAGAAGCGAUGGUACGAUGUGCAAGACCCCGAACCUAACGAGAACGGGGAACAAGGCGCUGUCUAUAAGACGACCGCAUCAUCGCUCAUUCCAAUUCCCCAAGUGAGCUCCUCUUUGCCUUCAUUUACUGUCGGGAAGCAGGUUCUCGCACGGUAUCCCGACACCACUACCUUCUAUCGAGCAGAGGACGUCUACCGCCUCAAAUUUGAGGGCGAGGAAGACGAUAAGGAGAUGGAAGUUGACCGUCGCUAUGUCCUGGACAUCCCGAACAAAUAG